AUGCCGAGCCUUGUCAAGCGGUUUCCGCUCAUGGACGCACCCGUCCCUCAGGCUCCUCACCCCGCCGUCGUGGUCAAGGCGAGUGCGACGUUGUCGCCGCCACCCCUGGAACCCUCGACGGCGCCCAACGGCCCCCAAUCGACAGCCGAGGCGCUCGAGCGGCGCGCGUCGAAGUGCUUCUCGACGUACAACAUCUCCAAGAUGACCGGCGACACCAUCCGCGACCUCGCCGCGCUGUUGGAGGAUGACAAGACUACGACUCGCCCGCGCACUGAGAAGGGGACCCGGUUGCAGCGUUGGAAUCGUGCCCCCACGAUCGAAGAGGGCGAGGGGCCGCCCCCGGUACCGCCGCUGCCCGGGGCGCCAUUCCCACUGGAUGGACCUCGGGCGACAGGUUGUUGCAUCCAUUAG